AUGACAACUAGUAUCUGUAACACGGUUCCCGCCAUCAACAAUGGAAAAGUUUUGACUUCCGGUACGAAUGAAGCGGAGUACGAGUGCCUGUCGGGAUUCCAAUUAGUUGGUAGGAAGAUAAUCAACUGUGACGCCACUUCCGGUUGGGAUGUGACGCCAUCUUGUGAUGUCAUCAGCAAUAAUGACAACAUUUUUACAUGGGGUCCAGAAUGGUUACUGAUAUUACUGGCGAUUAUACUGAUAUUAUCAGUGCUGUCUUGCACUGGAUGUAUCAUCUGGGCUUGUUGUUGUAGAAGACGCGGUGAAGGAUUCUUGUGUUUUGGAGGAGAGAACGGUAGAGGUGGAGGAAGGAGGGAAGGUGGAGAAUGGAAUGAAGAUAGUGAACUACUGUAUAAUGAGAGUGCUGGUGUUUAUACCAUGUCUGAUGGAACUAUGUUUAUACCAGUUAGACCACUACAUAAGGGUGAGUACGGUCGAGGCGGUUACCAUAAACGGAACGAGACUGAAUAUGAGGAAAAUGGCGGGUUCUUUGGCUGUUGUGGCGGGAAGAAACGAAGACGGAGGCCGUCUGCUGAUAUGGUGUUUGAUGAAAGUGAAGGUAUUUAUACCUUGAAGGAUGGCAGUAUGUACACACCAGUAAAACCACAGAAGACCACCGACGCCAAUGGUCGAGUUGUGUGGAAAAACCAAGCGGAUAUUGACAGCAAUACGUGGUUCUCACAUCAUGGUGGUUUCCAUGGUGAGAUAAGUGGCAACAAGGCGCGAAAAUAUAAUUCAAACGAUGUUGCAAACUAUACGCCAAACGAUUUCAAGAGUGACAAACAAAAUGGCCACUGGUUUUUGGAAGAUGGUAACAAUACGCGAAACAAUCGGACGUUGGUCACAACUAAGAUCCACCAAAAUGGCUCAGAGCCCGUAUCACAGACGACAAACCCGACCACAGUCUACAUUCUUGAAGAUGAUCCGAGAGUCAAAGCAGACAGACAGCGUAAGAAACAAAACCCUAAACCGAAGCAGAAGCCGCAACCAAUUGUAGUCAAGAGCGUCGACUCUCCUCGAUUUUUGGUCGACCAGCCUAGAGAGAAGACGGAAGUUAUCGUUCUGAGAGCACAAGAUCUGCAGCCGAAUCGCAGUGACGACAAGGAAGACAAGGACAACGAUGACAGAAAGAAUGAUAGCAACGAAAAGAAAAACAAAGAUGGCGCCGACGAUGGAAAGAAAGGCGGGAAAUCCAAACCUGACACGAAAGUCGUCGUCAUCAAUGUUAACCACAAGUACGAUAAAGGUCGGUCAAAAUCAACCAAUGAAAACCCAAAGGAAGAAGAACCGAAGCCAACACCAAGGGCAGACAACUUCGUAAACAGAAGUCUUCCAGCUCGCACUUACACCCCAUCAGAAACUGGCACGAGAGACACGUUCGAUAUAGCAGACGUUGAAGAUUUGAUAGCCAAUGAAAUUAAUGAUAGUGGUGUUGACAGAUCCACUGAUGAAGAUGAACCAAGGAGACCGAAUGCUGAUAACAGGUUUGUUGAUACGGUUACUAGGCAACUAAUUUUGGAUAAAAUGAGGGAGAAGAAGAAGUUUGACAAGGUCUGGAUUCCACACAGCCAUCCAAUCAGAAACAAAAAACACUUCACCAAAUAA